AUGGAGUACCGCACGCCCAAGGACGAGAAUGCGCCCGCGAUCCAGCGCUUCGGCAAGUGGCUCCGCCUCAAGCAGUACCAGAUCGAGGUCACCUUUGGCGUGUACAUGUUCACGCCCGUCGAGAAGUCGGUCUUUUGGUCCGUAGUCUUCCUCUUCAGCAGCCUCACCCUGCUCGCCUGCGUCCUCUACCUGCCCCAGCACAUCGUCUUCAUCUCCAACCGCGCCUGGUUCUACGUCAACGGCUACCACGCCGGCGAGCAGCUCUCCUCGUCCGUCUCAUCGGCGGGCGGCCUCGUGACGGAGAACAAGGACAAGCUCGCGCUGUCGGUCAGCAGCGCGCUCGGGUCCGCGGCCACGGCGGCCACGACGGCUGGCGGGCAGGUCGUCAGGGAACUAUAG